UUUAGCAGUUAUCAAGAAUCUAAGCAAUAAUAAAUGUUGGUGAGGAUGUGGGGAAUAAGGUACACUCAUACAUUGCUGGUGGAACUGCAAAUUGAUGCAACCACUAUGGAAAGCAGUUUGGAGAUUCCUCAGAAAACUUGGAAUGGAACCACCGUUUGACCCAGCUAUCCCCCUCCUUGGUUUAUACUCAAAGGAUUUAAAAUCAGCCUACUACAGUGAUACAGCUAAAUCAAUGUUGAUAGCAGCUCAAUUCAGAAUAGCUAAACUAUGGAACCAACCUAGAUGCCCUUCAACAGAUAAAUGGAUAAAGAAAAUAUACACAAUGGAAUAUUACGAACAAAAUCAUGGUGUUUGCAGAUUGAACCCUGGGUCACUCUACCGCUGAACUACAUCCCCCAUCCUUCCAGUCCUUUUCAUUUAUAAUUUUUACAAAGGGUCUUGCAAAGUUGCCUGGACUGGUUUCAACUUUUGAUCCUUCUGCCUCAGACUCCUGAGUCGCUGGGAUUACAGUGAUUGAUUUUUAUACCUUUUUCACCUUUGAAAAUGGUGAAGCUCGAUAUUCAUACUUUGGCACAUCACCUCAAGCAGGAGCGCUUAUAUGUAAACUCUGAGAAACAGCUCAUUCAGAGGCUCAAUGCCGAUGUACUUAAGACAGCUGAAAAGUUGUAUCGUACAGCAUGGAUUGCAAAGCAACAGAGAAUUAAUUUGGAUCGGCUUAUCAUAACCAGUGCUGAAGCUUCCCCUGCUGAAUGUUGCCAGCAUGCCAAGAUUUUGGAAGAUACACAGUUUGUUGAUGGUUAUAAGCAGUUAGGAUUUCAGGAGACUGCUUAUGGAGAAUUCUUGAGUAGAUUAAGGGAGAAUCCUCGUCUUAUUGCCUCCUCUUUGGUUGCUGGAGAAAAACUUAAUCAGGAGAACACACAAAGUGUUAUUUACACAGUUUUUACCUCUCUAUAUGGCAAUUGUAUUAUGCAAGAAGAUGAAAGCUACCUCCUUCAGGUUUUGCGAUACUUGAUUGAAUUUGAACUUAAAGAAAGUGACAACCCCAGGCGACUUUUGAGGAGAGGAACUUGUGCCUUCAGCAUCUUAUUUAAACUUUUUUCCGAGGGACUCUUUUCUGCCAAACUUUUCCUCACAGCUACUUUACACGAGCCAAUCAUGCAACUGCUUGUUGAAGAUGAAGAUCACCUGGAAACAGAUCCAAACAAGUUAAUUGAAAGAUUCUCCCCUUAUCAACAGGAAAAACUCUUUGGAGAGAAAGGCUCAGAUAGAUUUAGGCAAAAGGUUCAAGAGAUGGUGGAAUCCAAUGAAGCCAAACUGGUGACGUUGGUGAACAAAUUUAUUGGUUAUCUCAAACAGAAUACAUAUUGCUUUCCACAUAGUUUGAGGUGGAUUGUGUCACAAAUGUACAAAACUCUUUCCUGUGUAGACAGACUGGAAGUCGGAGAGGUCAGGGCAAUGUGUACUGAUCUCCUCUUGGCUUGCUUUAUUUGUCCUGCAGUUGUCAAUCCAGAACAGUAUGGCAUAAUUUCUGAUGCUCCUAUUAAUGAAGUGGCAAGAUUUAAUCUAAUGCAGGUUGGCCGCCUUCUGCAGCAGUUAGCAAUGACUGGCUCUGAAGAGGGAGAUCCUCGGACAAAAAGCAGCCUUGGAAAAUUUGACAAAAGCUGUGUUGCUGCUUUCCUUGAUGUUGUGAUUGGGGGCCGUGCAGUGGAGACCCCUCCAAUGUCCUCUGUUAAUCUUCUGGAAGGGUUGAGCAGAACUGUGGUUUAUAUAACCUACAGUCAGCUUAUUACUCUGGUAAAUUUCAUGAAGAGUGUGAUGUCUGGAGAUCAACUGAGAGAAGAUAGAAUGGCUCUUGACAAUUUAUUGGCAAAUCUACCCCAGGCUAAGCCAGGAAAAAGCAGCAGUUUAGAAAUGACUCCUUAUAAUACCCCUCAGCUCUCCCCAGCAACCACUCCAGCAAAUAAAAAGAAUCGAUUACCUAUAGGACAACAGUUAGCAGCCAUCACUGCCUGGGAUUCCUCAGCCACCAAUCUUACUGCUCAUAUUACACUAGUAACCCCAUUUGCAACUCGGAGCAGAAGCCGCACUAAUAUGCUAAUGGACCUACAUAUGGACCAUGAAGGAUCAUCUCAAGAAACCAUCCAGGAGGUCCAACCAGAAGAAGUGUUGGUCAUUUCCUUAGGGACAGGUCCCCAGCUUACUCCAGGGAUGAUGUCAGAAAAUGAGGUCCUAAACAUGCAGCUUUCCGAUGGAGGACAAGGAGAUGUCCCUGUUGAUGAAAACAAACUCCACGGUAAACCUGAUAAAACCUUGCGCUUUUCCCUCUGCAGUGAUAAUCUGGAAGGCAUAUCUGAAGGUCCUUCAAAUCGGUCCAAUUCAGUGUCCUCUCUAGACCUGGAAGGAGAGUCUGUAUCAGAACUUGGAGCAGGACCUUCUGGGAGUAAUGGAGUUGAAGCUCUACAGCUGUUAGAACAUGAACAAGCUACGACACAAGAUAAUCUUGAUGAUAAGCUAAGGAAGUUUGAGAUUCGUGACAUGAUGGGACUAACAGAUGAUAGGGACAUAUCAGAAACAGUGAGUGAGACCUGGAGUACAGAUGUCUUGGGAAGUGACUUUGACCCUAACAUCGAUGAAGAUCGCUUGCAAGAAAUUGCAGGUGCAGCCGCGGAGAACAUGUUAGGCAGUUUGCUGUGCCUCCCAGGUUCAGGGUCAGUACUUCUUGACCCCUGCACUGGUUCUACCAUCUCAGAGACAACAAGUGAAGCUUGGAGUGUAGAGGUACUACCAAGUGACUCAGAGGCCCCGGACCUAAAGCAGGAGGAGCGCCUACAAGAGCUGGAGAGCUGUUCUGGACUGGGCAGCACAUCUGAUGAUACAGAUGUCAGGGAGGUCAGUUCCCGCCCCAGCACACCAGGCCUCAGUGUCGUGUCGGGUAUAAGUGCAACCUCUGAGGAUAUUCCUAAUAAGAUUGAAGACCUAAGAUCUGAGUGUAGCUCUGAUUUUGGGGGUAAAGAUUCUGUCACUAGUCCAGACAUGGAUGAAAUAACUCAUGGCGCCCACCAGCUGACCUCUCCUCCUUCUCAGGCAGAGUCUCUGCUCGCCAUGUUUGAUCCUCUGUCUUCACAUGAAGGGGCUUCUGCUGUAGUAAGGCCAAAGGUUCACUAUGCCAGGCCAUCACAUCCACCCCCAGACCCCCCGAUCCUGGAAGGAGCAGUGGGAGGAAAUGAGGCCAGGUUGCCCAACUUUGGUUCCCACAUGUUAACUCUAGCUGAAAUGGAGGCUUUUAAGCAAAGGCAUUCUUACCCUGAGAGACUAGUUCGCAGCAGGAGCUCUGAUAUAGUAUCUUCUGUCCGGAGACCCAUGAGUGACCCCAGCUGGAACCGUCGUCCGGGGAAUGAAGAGCGAGAACUCCCUCCAGCUGCAGCCAUUGGUGCUACUUCUUUGGUGGCUGCACCUCACUCAUCAUCGUCGUCCCCGAGUAAGGACUCUUCAAGAGGAGAGAUUGAAGAACGCAAAGAUAGCGAUGACGAGAAGUCAGACAGGAACAGACCUUGGUGGAGAAAACGUUUUGUUUCAGCCAUGCCUAAAGCUCCUAUACCAUUUAGAAAGAAAGAAAAACAAGAAAAAGACAAAGAUGAUCUGGGGCCUGACAGAUUCUCAACACUCACAGAUGAUCCCAUCCCUAGGCUCACUGCACAAGCUCAGGUUGCUGAGGAUAUUCUGGACAAAUACCGGAAUGCCAUUAAACGGACCAGCCCCAGUGAAGGAGCAAUGGCAAACUAUGAAAAUGCAGAGGUCAUGGGUGAUGGUGAAAGUGCACAUGAUUCUCCUCGGGAUGAAACACUACAGAACAUCUCAGCUGAUGAUCUCCCAGACUCUGCGAGCCAAGCAGCCCACCCUCAGGAUUCAGCUUUUUCUUAUAGAGAUGCAAAAAAGAAACUGAGGCUUGCUCUUUGCUCUGCGGACUCUGUUGCCUUCCCAGUGUUAACCCAUUCAACAAGGAACGGAUUACCAGACCAUACAGACCCAGAAGAUAAUGAAAUUGUAUGCUUCUUAAAAGUUCAAAUAGCUGAAGCAAUUAAUUUACAAGAUAAGAACUUAAUGGCUCAACUUCAAGAAACAAUGCGUUGUGUAUGCCGUUUUGAUAAUAGGACAUGUAGGAAACUGCUGGCAUCCAUUGCUGAGGACUACAGGAAAAGAGCCCCAUAUAUCGCUUACCUCACUCGCUGUCGACAAGGACUGCAGACUACGCAGGCUCACCUGGAGAGGCUCUUGCAAAGGGUUUUACGGGACAAAGAGGUAGCCAAUCGAUAUUUUACCACUGUCUGUGUGAGGUUACUGCUUGAGAGCAAAGAAAAGAAGAUCAGGGAAUUCAUUCAAGAUUUUCAGAAACUCACAGCAGCUGAUGAUAAAACUGCUCAGGUAGAAGAUUUUCUACAGUUUCUUUAUGGUGCAAUGGCCCAGGAUGUCAUAUGGCAAAAUGCAAGUGAAGAGCAGCUGCAGGAUGCUCAGCUGGCCAUCGAACGAAGUGUGAUGAAUCGCAUUUUCAAGCUUGCCUUCUACCCUAAUCAGGAUGGGGAUAUCCUUCGUGACCAGGUUCUUCAUGAACAUAUCCAGAGAUUGUCUAAAGUAGUGACUGCAAAUCACAGAGCUCUUCAGAUCCCAGAGGUUUAUCUUCGGGAAGCACCGUGGCCAUCUGCACAAUCAGAAAUCAGGACAAUAAGUGCUUAUAAAACCCCCCGGGACAAAGUGCAGUGCAUCCUGAGAAUGUGCUCUACAAUUAUGAACCUCCUGAGCCUGGCCAAUGAGGACUCUGUCCCUGGAGCAGAUGACUUUGUUCCUGUGUUGGUGUUUGUGUUGAUAAAGGCAAACCCACCUUGCCUGCUGUCCACUGUGCAGUACAUCAGCAGCUUCUAUGCCAGCUGUCUGUCUGGAGAAGAGUCCUAUUGGUGGAUGCAGUUCACAGCAGCAGUAGAAUUCAUUAAAACCAUUGAUGACCGAAAGUGACCAAGACAAAGGCCCACCAUGGCAGCAGACUGUUAGUCAGGCAAACAGAUCUCUAAGAAAAUGCAGCAGCUGCUUUGAAGGCUGAAGAUUGUUUUUGUAUAAUAUUGUACAGCAUUCAGACAUUUUAAAACAGAUCUUUACUAAAACAGAUUAAUGAGCUAACAAGCAGGUUCUCUUUUCUUUGGGCUCUUUUCCUUUCUAAGUUGCAUAUUUAAUUUUCUUGUCCCCAAGUAGAGAAUAGUACUGCUAAAAGGGACCACAUUUUUUCAGGUAUUUUGAAAUAUUGAAAAACAGAACAGAAUCUCUUAAGGAAUUCCUAGACGUCCAUUCAUGGAUACCCCAUUCUUUCCUAUUGUUUAAAAAGAACAGUACACCUCUUUUAAGAUGCUGUCUUAUAUGCAUCUAAUGGAAGAAAGAUACCAGCUGCACUGAGGGUUAUAAUAGUGGUGCAUUUGUGGCAUUAUCUAUAAAUACACUCACCUAAGUUGAAAAGCUAAGAAGGAAAUGUAAAUAUAAUAUAUAUUUAUAUUUGAUGUAAUAUGGACAUCUUCAGAUUCUAAUAAACAAGGAAUAUUGCUGAUAGUAGGUUGUGAAAAACCCUCUUGUGAAAUGGUUUCCUUGACAAAAUUUAAGCUGAGCUUAAAAGCAAAAAACACAGAAAUAUUUAUUAAAGUGUCAUACAGGUCAUUGAACUCUUAGAUGUGGAAUCUGAUGAGGAGUCUGGAAGUCCCUGAGGAGGUCAUGUAGGCACAGCAUUCUGUGGAAGCACGUGAACCUGCACUCCUAAGAGACAGACUCUCUAGGUGACAUAAAAAGGAACAGUAGACAGCCAAGAUAUCAGUGUGGUACUUCUCAUCUAAAAUACUAAGUAUGCUAUAGAAACCCCAGACAGAGCUCCUUAUAAACCUCCUUUAAUUGUAAUAUAUUUUUGAUGAUUAUUCACAUUGAAUGCACAGACCAGGAAUUCAGUGAAUGUCAUUUUUUUUAAAACUAAUUUGUAUUGUCUGCUCUAGUGAUACAGGUUUUACUAGUGAUAAACUAUUUUAACCAACCAUACUAUUCUUAUGGAAAAAAAAUCUAUUUUGACAGGUUUCUGUGCCUUUAUUUCCCUAUUCUGAAAAAAAGUAAUAUGUUUCAGUAGUUUGGUUUGAAUUAUGUAUUGAUAAUUAAUCAGGAAUGGGCUUUGGUGUCUGAGCAACUGGCCCAGGAGGUACACCAAAGCUUCAAGCACAAAUCUUGUACACAGGCCAUCACCAACUUGUUCUGCUUUGUAUGUUUCCUAAACAUGUUUAUCUUCUUUUAUAACAAACACAGUCCCAUUGAGCCCCUCGUUGCUGGCAGCAAUUUUAGGCAUUUGUUUUUAAGGGAACUGUGACAACCAGCCAUGAGCAGGUGGAUACAGAAGCUGUCUGCUCUCUUCUUGAGAUCUCUGUGUCUCCUAAUGCCAAAAGAAGCUGGAUUUUUUUUCAUGCCUCCACUUCUUGCUCAUUUAUUUUAAAACACCCAAAUAAUAAGUUAUACAUAGGAGUGUGGGAUGUGGUUUCUGUCUUUUAGGGAAAGAUCAAAAUUAAAUUAGUACUACAAAAUGACCUUUUGAAUGUUAGGUCAAGAAAUCCAUGUACAGGGCUGGAAAGUCACUCAGUGGUAGAAUGCUUGCCUGGCAUGCUCAAAGCCCAGGGUUCAAGUCACAGUACCACACAAAAAAAACAAGUGAAUUUGGGGGCUGGGGUUGUGGCUCAGUGGUAUAGCACUUGCCUAACAUGCAUAAGGCCCUUGUUCCAAUCUCCAUCACUGCAAAAGAAAAAAAAUCAUGUAGAAAGCCAUGUGCUUCUUGGGCUGUCGCUCACUAUCAACCCUGCUUGAGUAUUAGAAGUCACAACCCAUCAUAAGUACAUUAUAAGACAAACUGUAUGACAUGACUUCUGAGACCUAGAUGGGGGUCCAUUUACUUCAGCAUUUGAUUGAGUAAAUGUUAGUCAAUUGAAGACUUAGAAGAGUUGGAUUCAUUGUUAUGGGACUUAAAUCAUAAAUCAAUGAAAGAUUUUUUUCCUCUACUAUGGUAGCUAAAUAUAUUCCAUGUUUUAUCACUGUGGAAAUAAAUAUGAAGAUGUGGACAUUGCACCAGGGUUCUUUUCUGUGGAAGAGAGGUUGUGGAUUUGGGGUGUUGGCAAGAAUUGGGGUUCUGCAGUGCUCAAGCAGUAUUGACGUAGAACCAUUGAUUCAGAAGCUGACCAAGAAGCAUAGGACAGCCGUUUCAGGGACAGCUCCCCCUAAAGUCCCUUUCAGGAGCAGGGGGACUUCAUCAUUAACCACCACCUCUCUGGGUUCAUGAUAGUAUUUCUUAAAGUGUUGAUUUCUGAAUCAAUCAUUCUCUGUAUGGCAAUGAUAGUAUGUGAGACAGAAAAAUGACUAUUACAUUUUGGGGAGGAAAGAGGAACAGUUGUUCUUCAAGGCUUUUUUACUACCUUCUAAUACGUGUUUUACAUGAAGGAUUAGUACAAAGGUACAAAAUCACCAUUGGGAACAUUCAGGAGCCACCAGUUAUUAUACAGAACUUACAGAGUUAAUGCACAUUCUAUGGAGAGACAGUAGCUCAGCUCACUGCAGUCUCGUGGAAUUUUCUUAAAAGAAAAACCAUUUUGUAUUAAUAUUUUGUUUCUGGAAGUAAGAGAAAUACAGAUUGAACACAGUCUUUUCUUAUAAAGCUUUUUUUUUUUUUUUUUUUUUUAGGAAAAAACCUAGUGAAUAUUUUGUUGUUCAUCUUCACUUUAGGUAAAACCUCAGCCAUAAUAAUUGCAUUUUUUUUCCUUUAUAAAAACCUGCUUAGGAAAGUCUUUUAUACAGAUAGGUAAAUCACAGCAGUAAGAAAAUUAGGCUUUCUGGGAGAUUGAAAAUAGCUAUGAUGCAUGGUUUUCUUUUUCUGUUAUAUCCUGGAAGCCUGUGUUUAAAGUGGACUUUACAAAUACAUGUUCCUAAGGUGCAUAAGCAGGACAACAAAAAUCCAGCCGAAACAGUAUGGAGCUGUGUUCUUGCCAUAUGAACUGGUAUCUGACAGUUGCCAAACCUAGGCACCAUCUUCCUAUUGCUUGCUUUAAGAAUUCCAGUUUGGGCCAAGUAAAGGUCAGCUAGGUGUUUUAAAUGUAUGAGUCUUGAAAAUGUCUUCUCUGCUGCCAGUGGGUGUGAAGAGGGAAGGCAGGAACAUGCUUGUUCAAAGGCUGGUGAAUAGCGUUAGUGGACUGCAUAGACGUGAUAGAAAUGUAGUGCAGUUAGCGUCCUCAGCGGUGUAGCCUGGGUGGCCUUCUGCCUUUCCAGAUUUGUUCCUUUGAAGAAAAAUCUGUUUUCCCUCCCUUUAGUUGAGUCUAUAUGUAAUUGUUAUAAUGGGGGGGAGGGGUCAGAAACCGUCUUCUUGAAACUCAAAAACAGUUUUAGUAAGUGGAUUAACAGUAAUGGGGUAUUUGAGAUGUUCUGAAUGCCAAAAUUCUUGAAAGAUUUGCCAGAUUAGUAAUUACUUAAUGACUUAAUGUAUGUUAGAAUGUAGGUUACCAAGAAGCAGGAUGACCAAGAAUAGCUCUAUUACUCAUGAGAACACUUGGAGACAUGAAGGUAGAUCUGCUGCAGCAGGAGAGCUGUGGUUGAGCUGCAGAGUCCUGUGGAGCAGCACGAGCCACCGCCAGAGCUCAGGAUAGAGGAAGGCCCAGCAGCACUGGCCUCUCACCUUAACUCGCCUCUGCCAAGGUAAUCGUCUUGUCUACCGUCUCCUCCUGUGCUUCCCCUGUACUAAAAAGCUUUGUACUGCCUCCUGUCUCAAAACUGGUAACACCUUGAAGCCUCAGUCCAUGAGCUUGCACAAUCUUGUAUAUGAACAAGAAGCCCAUCCUGUCUCCCAAUGUGAUUACUGCUGUAUGGCGUCAAUCUGUAAAACUGAUUAAAAGGGAGAGCAGUUUCAUUCACUGGC